AUGUCCAACAACUUAAAGCCAUCCAUUCUGCUUAUCCCUGGUUCCUGGCACAACGGCCCGAAGCACUACUAUCAGCUGAUCGAUCGCUUGCGCAACGCAGGGUACGAGGUCGAUGCAUUAGAGAUGCCUUGCGUCUGCGACGAUCCCAAGGACAAGCAUUACUCGGAUGACUACGAGCACGUCCGAAAUGCUCUUCGCACGUUGGCUGAUCAAGGCAAAGACAUCGUGAUGGUAAUGCACUCACGUGGCGGCCACAUUGGAUCGGACGCCUGCAAAGGCUUCGGAAAGGCGGAGCGGGCUGAGGCCGGGCACCUAGGUGGAAUUGUGCACAUGGUCUACUUAGCUGCCUUCGCCAUCGCAGAGAAUGAAAGCAUCUUCACCGCUUUCGGCCAGCAACCGGCACCGUUCGUCCGCAUCACAAAGACAUCUGGGGGAGAAAUUUCCUUCAUUAUCAAUCCAGAGCACUAUAUUUACCAUGAUUGUCCUGCUGAGGAGGUUAAGAAGGCGAUAGCCGAUCUCCGGCCAAGCGCAGCAGUGACGGAGACGGAACCGUCGACAUUCGCGGGGUGGAAGCAUUAUGCAUCAACCUACUUACUCUGCGAAAACGACCAAGCGCUAUUGCCCCGGUUUCAGGAGAUGUUCUUGUGUCAGCCCGGCGCGAAGUUCAACGUCGAGAGGUGCGAUGCGGGACAUAGUCCUUUUAUGAGCCGGCCAGACUUCACUGCAGAAGUAGUAAGGCGAGCGUGUGGCGAGAAGAUAUGA